CUCUCCACGGUCCCGCCUCCCUUCCGCAACCAUGUCCGUGCGAACGCUACCCCUGCUCUUCUUGAACUUGGGCGGGGAGAUGCUGUACAUCCUAGACCAGCGGCUGCGGGCCCAGAACAUCCCUGCAGACAAGGCCCGCAAAGAUGAAUGGACAGAGGUGGACAGAAAACGAGUUCUGAACGACAUCAUCUCCACCAUGUUCAACAGGAAGUUCAUGGAGGAACUAUUCAAGCCCCAGGAGAUGUACUCCAAGAAGGCCCUGAGGACGGUCUACGACCGCCUGGCCCACGCUUCCAUCAUGAGACUGAACCAGGCCAGCAUGGACAAGCUCUAUGACCUGAUGACUAUGGCCUUCAAGUACCAAGUCCUCCUGUGUCCCCGUCCCAAGGACAUGUUGCUGGUCACGUUCAAUCAUUUAGAUGCCAUCAAGGACUUCAUCCAGGACUCCCCAACCAUCCUGAACCAGGUGGAUGAGACUUUCCGACUGCUGACUGAAGUCUACGGGAGCCUCCCUGCAGGGGAGUUCCAGGUGAUCCGGCAGACGCUCCUCCUCUUCUUCCAGGACCUGCACAUCCGAGUGUCCAUAUUCCUAAAGGACAAAGUUCAAAAUUCAAAUGGUCGCUUUGUGUUGCCAGUGUCCGGGCCUGUUCCCUGGGGAACUGAUGUUCCCGGACUUAUCAGAAUGUUCAACAACAAAGGCCAAGAAGUGAGGACGGCCCAGUUCAAGCAUGGUGGAGACUACGUCACCGCGUCCAGAGAAGGCUCUUUCGAACUGUAUGGAGACCGUGUCCUGAAACUGGGCACGAACAUGUACAGUGUGAACCGGCCCGUGGAAACACACAUGUCGGGAGCAUCAAAGAACUUAGCUUCGAGGACAGAGGAAAAUGUUGCCCCCAACCCUCUCGCUAAAGAAGAGCUGAAUCUCCUGGCCAGACUGAUGGGAGGCAUGGAGAUUCAGAAGGGCAGCGGCCCUGAGCCAGGAUUCCGGUUGAAUCUCUUUACCACCGAUGAAGAAGAGGAACAAGCGGCUCUAACCAGGCCAGAAGAGUUCUCCUACGAAGUGAUCAACAUACAAGCCACCCAGGACCAGCAAAGGAACCAAGAACUGACCCGGAUCAUGGGGGAGUUUGCCAUCACGGACCAGCCGCAGGGGAGCACCAGCAAGGGAGACGACUUGCUCACCAUGAUGGAUGAGUUGUAGCAGAGUUGGCGGGGCACAGCCCCCACCAGCAGGCCACAGGCUGCCGGAGGGCCGCCCUGGGGGAGGAAGGUUCCCAGGAUCCAAAAUGCCGCUACUGCUUUUCUACCAAGUGGAGCUGUUCCCGCCGCUCCCCCUUGAUGGUCUGUGCGGCCUCGCCCAGGAAGCCAAGGCUCUUGAAAGCACACGCAUGCAGAUCUUUUCAGCAAAAUAUACCUAAAGUGGACCUCU